UUAGAACGAAAAUGAAUGAAAUGUAUAUUCUUUGCAGUUUUUGAAAUGUUGGUGUGCGCCCGUCAGUGCGCCCGACGGAAAUCGUUGAUACUAACGUUUGGUGAGUUCUGUGUCUUCGCUGCCGAACUGCGCCGAUGUUCCCGACAGACUAGAUCGACAUCGAGUAAGCCGGAGUCACCCGUUUGGAGCGUGGACAAAGAGUUGAGGGACAAGGAAGCGAUUUGUAAACAUGUUAACGGUAGCGAGGCGUCGCCGGCGCCAUGCGAAGUGUUUCUGGGCGGAUCGUGCAACCCCACUACGUGGAGAUCGGAUAUCGCAAUACCGAUGCUCAAGAAGAUGGGAAUUACAUAUUUUAACCCUCAAGUUGACGAUUGGUCGACGGAGCUGAUAGAAGUGGAGCACCGCGCGAAGGCGGAGGCGCGCGCGCUGCUGUUCGUGCUGGACAGCGAGACGCGCGCCGUCGCCGCCAGCGUGGAGGCCGCGCACCUCGCCGCCGCGCCGCGCGACCUGCUGCUCGUGCUCAGGCCCUACUCACGCCACCAGACCAUCGGCCGAGAGACCAUAUCGGACCAGGAGUACGUAGAGCUGUCGCGGGCGCGCGCGACGCUGCAGGAGGCGGUGGAGCGGCGCGGGCUGCCCGCGUUCACGGACAUCCCGGCGGCGCUGCGGUGCGCGCGCGCCGUGCUGCGCGGCGCGCGCACGCACCCGCGCCACUCGCUGGGGCACACCAUCCUGCGGCUGAAGCGCGCGUACGACGCGGCGGGCGGCCGCAGCGCGCGCCUGUCCCGCGCGCGCGCGCUCGACGCGCUGCGGGACGCCACGCGCGCCGACCGCGACCUCGCCGACCGCUGCCUGCCGCCCAACGCCGAUGUCGUCGACUUCGAGACCUUCUGCGCGGCCGUCGCCGAGCUGGCGGCCGAUGCAGGGUCGCGGCGGCGCGCGGGCGCGGGCGUGGCGGCGCGCGUCCGCCGCGCGUUCCGUUGCCUCCGCGACUUUAUCACGUCGCCGACCACCGCCGAAUACCAAAGGUCGAACGGUCAAGAGAAUGAAGCCGGCGGCGAGGCGGCGGCGGGCGCGCAGGAGCGCGUGUCGCCGCUCGCACAGCGCCGCGACUCGAACGGCCUGCACGCGCGCAACCCGCGCCUGCGGGCCUAUGGACAGAAGCUGUCCUUGUUUAUACCUAAGAACGGCGGAAGCGGCGGGGGUGGCAACAAGGCGGAGGCGUCGGGCGAGAGCAGCGGCGACAGCGUGUUCACGCCGGGCACGGAGCGACGGCUCGACCGCCUGCCCGCCAUGCUGGGCGCGCCCACGCACGACGUCUACCUCGCCGGCGCCUUCCCUGUAAGUGCAUCGCCCAACACAUAA